AUGAGCGUGCGAGAGGUCGAAGAAGGCAUUCGAACGGGUCUUCCGGAAGCUGGCAAGCAGAGAUCGACAAGUGGCAAGAGAAUCUGCGUGUUGAUCUCUGGUAACGGAAGCAAUCUGCAAGCUCUAAUUGACGCUACCCUGCUCGAUCGGGAUGAGUUGCCAAACGCUCAAAUUUCACUGGUCGUUUCGAACCGCAAGGCUGCGUAUGGAUUGCAAAGAGCUGCGGGUGCCAAUCCGCCUAUUCCGACGCUCGUCAGUGCGCUCAAGACGUAUCAGAAUAAGAACCCGGGAGCAACGCGGGACGAUUACGACGAGGAUUUGGCAUUGAAGGUCAUGAACGCUCACGAAGGGCUCGCUCCCGAUCUCAUCGUCCUAGCUGGGUUUAUGCACAUCGUCUCUCCCACCUUCCUCAGAGCUUUUGGACACGAGACGAACGAAGCGCCGGGCAUAGUCCCUGCAUGGGCACCUGCUCGCGCUGUGCCCAUCAUCAACCUUCAUCCGGCUUUACCCGGUGCGUUCGACGGAGCAGGGGCCAUCGAGAGGGCUUACGAAGCUUUCAAGGACGGGAAAGUGGACAAGACUGGCAUCAUGGUGCACGAAGUCAUUGCGGAGGUGGAUAGGGGUGCACCCGUGAUUGUGCAGGAAAUACCCAUGCGCAAAGGAGAGAGCUUGCAGGAACUUCAGGAAAGAAUGCACAGCGUGGAACAUGGUCUCAUCGUUGCUGGAGCGAAAGAAAUUCUGCAG